ACAUCACGGUUGAAAGGGGUCCAUCCGUUUCUCCGUCCCCAGAGAGGCGUCAACGCGCACGAGUCACAGAUACGAGUGUGGAGCUCAACAUGGUGCAGCUUUCUCCUCCCGCUACUGUGAGUGUCAGCCCUCCAUCCGAGUGCUCGGAAGAGGAGCGGGAAAGACGGGAGAGCCUGGUGAUUGCUGAUGGCCUCAAGGUGUGCUCACCCAGUGGUCUGAGCGCCCUGCAGCUCAGCCUGGAGACCUCCACUAUCUACUAUGGCUAUGACUAUGACUCCUACAUAGAAGAUGGUCUCAUCUGCCUCAAACACAAAGUCCGCAAUUUGGAGAAGAAGAAGCUGAGACUUGAAGACUACAAGAAGAGGCUGAAUCGGGGUGAGAAACUUAACAAGGAUCAGAUGGAGGCUGUAGAAAAGUACGAGGAGGUGCUACAUAAUCUGGCGUUUGCACGAGAGCUCCACAAGAGCCUGGAUGUCUUGACUCAGACUUUGCUGAGAGCCCAGAAGAAGGCAAUGAGGAAGGAGCAGGUGGUGAAGGAGGAGACGGAGAGGAGGCGUCUGAGCACCGUGCUGCAGAUCCAGCACCUCCUCCACUGCAUGCAGCAGGAGCACGUCAGGAGAGACCUGCUGGCUGGACACAACCAGGCGCCACGCAUUGCAGCCCAACAGCAGCAGAGCCUGAGUCGGCUUGCUGCCCUGCUGGGGGUCAAGAGGGAUAACGGACUGAGUUUAGAGGAGCAGAUGGAGCAAGCAGCUCUGGCCUAUUUGGACCUGCUAGAGGGGACAGACAAACCAGUGGCUGGAUCUACAUUUAAGCUUUUCAAAGAAGAGCUCAACAGGCUGUUGACCUGCAAGUACUUCAGUCGUCUUCCAUGUCCACCCAACAAGCCUCCAGAGGUGUUGCUGAGGUCAAACGGCCACAGCACCCCAUCAAAAGCAAAAGAAGAUUCUAAGGAGUUUGUUAGCAGACUGUACCAGAGUGAUACGGAGACUCUUCCUACUCAGAACUGGAAGGCGGACUUCCAGAGAACAAGGGAGCAGGAGCCUCCUGACUGCUGGGAUAUAGAGUUUUCUGAUAGACCUGGUUCACCCCAAGCUACAGUCCACAAACCCUGGAGAGGAGCUGCCACUUUUAUCCCCAAGGUCCCAGUCACCACCAAGAAACAAUGUGUUGACUCCAAACAGAGAAAAGAAACUCGGGUCAAAAGCAAGAAACCUGCCAAAUUGGCAGUUCUCGUGGGUAUACCUGUGGAGGUUUUCGGCUCUCCACAUGCCUUACCCAAAGACCCUGUCCUGAGGAAGCAUCACCUAGAGGAGCUAAUGACGAAGAUCCAUGGCUCCUUCAGUUUUAUGCAGGACUCUCUUCUGGAUGGAGAUGUCUCCCCUACUAACGACCAUCCUAGACUGAAGAGACGGCCGUCUGGAUCUCCAUCGCCUCAGGGUCAAACAGACUUGAGAAGCCCUGUUGCUGUCCUGCCCAAAGCAAUGCAUUCCACCCCACUGCCUACCAGGCUUCUGGAGCGCAAAGCCAGUCUGACAAUUGAGGAUCGGUGCCUGGAGAUCUGUGACCUGGAGCUUUCCUCAACAGACUUACCUCAUAUCCCAGUAACUGAGUCAAGGAAGCCGUCCCCCUGUAAUGGGGUGAUAUCUUGCACCUCCAGCCCUCCUCGGGGGCAAACUUUCUCUACACCCCCCACCAGGCGAACUCUGACAUCUGCCCAUUUUCAGAACAUCCAACCAGUCUUCAAGGCGACUGCCUCCUUAUCUCAGAAUGGGGACUUAAAUUACAAACCAGACUCUGCUGUUUUUGAUAAGGCCAGGUACAGCACUGCCAGUACCCAAACGCCACCUGAGUUUGCUCCCUCAGAAGACGAACCACAGCUGGAGUACCAGUCGGAUUAUACGAUUGGUAAUGGUGGACCGAUCUUCCUGUCCCCUGGCCAGUCAUGUGAAAGCGUAGGUCAUCCCAGCCAGUCUUACUACACCAGAGGACCAGUGAGAGGAGGAUCCUACACCCCCCAGACUGAUCUAAGAGACUCUGGCCCUCUCCUCUAUGCUGCUAGGGACUCUGGAUAUCAACACAGCUAUAGACGUGGAGGAGGAAGGCAUAACUUUAGUGCACCCUGGAGUGACUCUUCCCAGGUGAGCACACCAGACCGAGAGGGGGCUUUUACAAUUGUGGACUCUGGUCAUGGGGAUUCUUUGUCGGUCUCCACCAUGGAGGUCCCUCUGACUCCCCAUGGCCACCAUCACGCCCUGCUUCCCAUGCAACUCCACCCGCUCUCCCAGCCGCUUAGAGUGGCCUUCAACGCUUCUCGCACUGCCAACUUCGCCCCUGGAAACCUGGAUCAGCCCAUCGUGUUUGACCAGCUGCACAGCAACCUAGGGGAGAUGUACGACACCCACGUCGGCCGCUUCACCUGUCCUGUCAAUGGAACCUAUGUCUUCAUCUUCCACAUCCUGAAGCUCGCCAUCAACGUGCCUCUCUACAUUAACCUCAUGCGCAACGAAGAGGUGAUGGUGUCUGCGUAUGCCAACGAUGGAGCCCCAGAUCAUGAGACGGCCAGCAACCAUGCCAUCCUGCCUCUCUUCCAAGGAGACCAGGUUUGGAUCCGGUUGCAUCGCGGUGCCAUCUAUGGCAGCACCUGGAAGUACAGCACUUUUUCUGGCUUCCUGCUGUACCAGGAUUGAACUUUACUCUCUUCUUCCAUUACUAAAUGGUGAUUCAACUUGCAUUUCAGUAUUGUGGAAAUGGGGAUCGUGACUACUUGACAAAAAACAAAUGUAUUUGAUUCCUCAUGAAUGUUUUGUUCUUCAUGGUGGUGCUCCCACCAACUAUGAUAUUGGUACAACUGAUGACGUGUCUUCUUGUUGUAAAUCAACUAUAGCAAAUCACCUGUUCAAUUCACUGAUUUUGGUGAGAAUUCUAAAGCAAUGCUUUGGAUGACUGACCAGAUGUUGAAUCGCUAACGAAUUAUUACUGACUCAUCAGCAUCUCACUUGUUGCUGGGCUCCCAUGUAUUCACGAUCACCUUGCAGCAUGUGAAGCUGAGAAAGUAAGGAUUGUGUUCUUGGUGGUGGGUAUGGUGUUGAACACUUAAGGCAAAGCACUAGAUUACUGUUGAGAUGGAGGUGGUCCCUUGAUGUGCUUGAAUAAAAAAAAAAAAUGA